UACUGUCCCUCGCGGUUCACGCUCGGGUUACACGUGCUUACACCACGCGAAAGAAAGGACCUUUCUUCUUCGUGCGAGAGCUUCAGAACGAACGCAAGGAACGCCGCCGACCGUGCUCUCGAUUUCGACGCCGUCAGAGAAGAAUAAGCGGGAGAGAGAUUGAAGACGCUAACCGAAGAGAAAAAAUCGCUAUAUGAGGCCAUGGCAAACGACUUAAAGGAGCGCGGAAAAGGAACAUUACAUAACAAGUUCACUUCAGAUGGCCGCAGCAUCGCCAGUGUCUUACAAGAGGAGGACGAAAGAAAUCAACAGCGCCGACACAUGAUAAAUAAUAUUCAUCGAUAUAUUGACGAUAUUGGCACAGUCGACGAGAUUAAAAGGUGGCCAUUCUACAUCUUGUCCUUCAAUAUGCUCUGCGAGGAAAAUGGGAUCUACUACCCGCUACAACUUGGACUUGUAGACUACUCAAUUGAGCAAGGUUUCAUACGAGCCUUCCACAAAUUCAUCGAUCCAGGUCCAAUACCUCUUGGCUUUGCAAGUGCUGCAAAAGACCACAGCGAAGCGACGUAUGGCAUCCCCAUCACGGGCUUUGAAGAAGGCACAACCGACUACAGGAGCGUUGUCCGUGACCUGAUGGCAUACCUUCGGCUCCCGAUUGAUGAAGCGAACCUUCCACCGCUGUUCUGCAUGCAAGACCACAUACCACUGGCUGCCUGUAUACUGGCUGCCUGCUGUUGCUCGAAGAACAUGGGAGAUGGUGACAAAGAUCGGCUUGCCCUCAACAUGUUCUGCUAUCAGGAGGAAGACACAGCAGAAGUGGUGUUAAGACCCAAGCCUGCCUCUCACACUCCACAGGCCACUGCACUUACGCGUGGUCAACGGUGGCGACGGCGGCUCAGCCGUUGGGCACCUUCUUCUACUGUCACGCGCUCCUCAGAGAUGGCGCUUACGACAUCACCCAUUGUUCCUCUGCUCUCUAAGCAGAUACCGUACUCUCUUCCAGCAAAGGUGGGCCUUGUGGACUCUCAGUGCUACCUAGACUUCAUAUUCAGUCGAGUGGGCUACUCCGGAACGUAUGCCAAGUUCCGCUUUAACCACAGGGACACUUUUCCAGACUGCUAUGAAGGUUGUGUGGCCAACUUUUGCAACCCAGCAACAUUUAGGCAGCGCCACGUCUGGAGCUACCUGCUGUCAGAGGAUGGUGUUUGGGGUGCCUUUGGAAGCCAUCCUCACAUGGCCAACGAGUAUAACAUGGACAUUGAAGAGGACGUCCAUGCCCUUGACCAUCCUAGUGUGGUAGCUCUUGGCGACAUCGGUCUUGAUUACUCGUACAAGUGA